UAAUAAAGUAGAUAAGGUGUGUUAUCUUUUCAUAUAUCGGCUAGCUCUCUGAACAGAGAGAGACCCAGCACAGCAGGGAUCGAAACUUUACUGAGGAAGAGAUAUUCAGUGCAAUUGAGAUAAAAGAAUGAGCGGUGUGGCGACUCUCGGUCAAGGGUGCUCGGCAGCCACAGCCUCGAUGGCUAGCCAAUUUCAGAACCCAAAGCUUCUCCACCAAACCCAAAGAGGCAAAUCGAUAAUGUCGCUUCCCAUGUCCGCUAAUCGCAAUUGCAACUCUUUCUUCUCCUUCAAUUCCAAGACCUUUCCUUCGUCAUUAACACUCGCCGCCAAACCCUCCUCCGUCAAGACCGCCGUCGCUGCUGUCGACUCCGACCAAAUCAGCUCCUCCGAACCCCCCGAGAUGGUAGAAGCAAAGAAGUAUUAUUUUGUGGUUGCGAAUGCGAAAUUCAUGCUGGAUGAGGAAGAGCAUUUCAAGGAGCUUAUGUUUGAGAGGCUUCGUCUGUUUGAAGAGCGGAACAUGGAGCAGGAUUUCUGGCUUGUGAUCGAGCCGAAGUUCUUGGAUAACUUCCCAAACAUUACUAAAAGAUUGAAGAGACCUGCUGUGGCUCUGGUUUCCACCAAUGGCCCCUGGAUCACGUUCAUGAAAUUGAGAUUGGACAGAGUAUUAGCUGAGAGUUAUGAAGCUCAGAGUCCUGAAGAAGCAUUAGCUUCUAAUCCUACUGAUAUUAAGUUUGACAAACCUGAGAAGUGGGUGGCUCCAUAUCAAAAGUAUGAAUAUGGUUGGUGGGAGAGCUUCUUGCCCCCUACUAAAUCCAAAGAGGAGGCCAAAGUAUAGAUAAUAAUAUCACCCUUCGUCUGAAUUGUCAUGUAUUUGAUUGCAUAAUUAUCAUUAUGGAUUUUCAUGGUGUAUUAUUAUUACCAACUAGCCAUUUAAGUUAGUGCUUUAGACUUUUGUAGUUAGUAGAGGCAUUUAGUGAAUUACUUGGUCAAGGUUUAGUGGAUGAGAAAUUUUAGUGUUUGUAUUUGGCGUAAUAAACUUUUGAAGUCGAAUCACGUUGAGGCCUCAUUGCUAUUAUAGUACAUUAUUUUGAAAAUUAUAAAGCUCAUGUCAUGUCUCGAA